GGGGCAGGCCUGUUCCGCGCGGUGACGCGCCCUGCAGCCCCGAGCGAGCGAGCUAGCUAGCGAGUUGCCGAGCGCGCCCCGUCCCUCGCGCGCGAUGCUCCCCUGGACGGCGCUCGGCCUGGCCCUGAGCUUGCGGCUGGCGCUGGCGCGGAGCGGCGCGGAGCGCGGUCCACCACCAUCAGCCCCCCGAGGGGACCUGAUGUUCCUGCUGGACAGCUCAGCCAGCGUCUCUCACUACGAGUUCUCCCGGGUUCGGGAGUUUGUGGGGCAGCUGGUGGCUCCACUGCCCCUGGGCACCGGGGCCCUGCGUGCCAGCCUGGUGCACGUGGGCAGUCGGCCGUACACCGAGUUCCCCUUCGGCCAGCACAGCUCGGGCGAGGCUGCCCAGGAUGCGGUGCGCGCUUCAGCCCAGCGCAUGGGCGACACCCACACUGGCCUGGCGCUGGUGUAUGCCAAGGAACAGCUGUUUGCUGAAGCAUCAGGUGCCCGGCCAGGGGUGCCCAAAGUGCUGGUGUGGGUGACAGAUGGUGGCUCCAGCGACCCUGUGGGGCCCCCCAUGCAGGAGCUCAAGGACCUGGGCGUCACCGUGUUCAUUGUCAGCACCGGCCGAGGCAACUUCCUGGAGCUGUCAGCUGCUGCCUCAGCCCCUGCUGAGAAGCACCUGCACUUUGUGGACGUGGAUGACCUGCACAUCAUCGUCCAAGAGCUGAGGGGCUCCAUUCUCGACGCGAUGCGGCCGCAGCAGCUCCAUGCCACGGAGAUCACGUCCAGCGGCUUCCGCCUGGCCUGGCCACCCCUGCUGACCGCAGACUCAGGCUACUAUGUGCUGGAGCUGGUGCCCAGUGCCCAGCCGGGGGCUGCGAGACGCCGGCAGCUGCCAGGGAACGCCACGGACUGGACCUGGGCCGGCCUCGACCCGGACACUGACUACGACGUGGCGCUAGUGCCUGAGUCCAACGUGCGCCUCCUGAGGCCCCAGAACCUGCGGGUGCGCACGCGGCGGCCCGGUGAGGCAGGGCCGGGGGCUUGGGGCCCGGAGUCGGGGGCUGGGCCGGCCCCCACGCAGCUCGCCGCCCUCCCCGCCCCAGAGGAGGCCGGGCCGGAGCGCAUCGUCAUCUCCCACGCCCGGCCGCGCAGCCUCCGCGUGAGCUGGGCCCCAGCGCCGGGCUCGGCCGCCGCGCUCGGCUACCACGUGCAGUUCGGGCCGCUGGGGGGCGGGGCGGCGCAGCGGGUGGAGGUGCCCGCGGGCCACAAUUGCACCACGCUGCAGGGCCUGGCGCCGGGCACCGCCUACCUGGUGACCGUGACCGCCGCCUUCCGCUCGGGCCGCGAGAGCGCGCUGUCCGCCAAGGCCUGCACGCCCGACGGCCCGCGCCCGCGCCCACGCCCCGUGCCCCGCGCCCCGACCCCGGGGACCGCGAGCCGUGAGCCGUGAGCCGGCGUCCCCGCCCAGCCGAGAGGGCCGGCGCCUACCCGAGGGCCCGUGCGUCCCGAACCCGGUGCGGAGGCGCCCAACCCGGGAGACGGGUGCAGGCCCGGCCUUUCCCCACGCGGGCUCCGCGCGACCCCGGCCCCCUCCCUGCGGCCGCAGGGCUUCCCCGCCUGGCGCCUGCCCUCCAGGGCUGGGGCCUCGCCUGGCGGGACCCGGCAGCAACUCCGGCCCCAUCCCCGCCCAGAGUCGGGCGUGGUGUGGGUCCGUGCGUGAUAAUUGAGAGCAUCAGACCCAGGACUGUCCAGGGAGGAGCCCCGGUCAGACUCCCACGUGUGAAGACCCGGCCCCAGGUGGCAAGGGCUGGCCUGGGGCGGGCAGCUUGGGUCCUGGACGUUGAUAGGAAGUGGAAGGGGGAAUCGCGGGAAGCUGGCCCAGGUCAGGUCCCCAAAGGCUUCUGAAGAAAAGGAAGGGUGAGUAGGGGCACCCGGACGCUGAUGGUGGCCAGAGAUGCUCAGCCGGCCGGGAGGGCAGCACCUGCUGGGGACGGUGGCCCUGCCUUCAUGCCCAGGACACCAGCUGGGUCCAGCUAGCAGCCACUGGGAAUCAGAGGAAUGGGGCAGAGCCAGGCAUUCAGGACCUUGAGGACAGGUGACCCCACCCACCCACCGCCACUAUCAGGCCCCAGGACCACACUGACGGGAAGCCUUCCGUCGCGUGGGAGCACGUCCCAGGAGCUGUAGGGACGCCGCUCUCCAGGGAGGCCCCAGCGACCACACCAUCUUUUGGCUGUGAGAGAUCUCACCCCUGGGCUACCUCCUGUCACUAUUCACUGCCCUGGGGUCCGUGGGCGAGUUGCCCAGGGUGGGAGUGCCUAGCCAGGUGCAGUCCCCGCCCCGCCUAGUCCUCGGCUCCCAGGACUGCGGCGUCACGCAAUGCUCACCUCGCCUCUUCCCCACUAACAUCCCAGACUUUAAAAUUCAGUAAAUCAGAUGUACACCGA